AUGACGAAUUCGACGACAAAGAAAGAAUGCACUUCUCACGAAGCGUGCUACGACCAGCGUGAACCGCAAGCUUGGUGCAGAUUGGACGAGAAUCAGUCGUGGACAGACAAAGGUUGCUUCUGUGAUGAUAAAUUGCAUUCAUGCGUUAUCGAAAGAAAGAACAGUGGCAAGUUGGAAUAUUCGUAUUGUGCGCCUCAAGAAAGUUGGCAAUGCUCGUAA